GGCAGCGGCGGUGGCGGGCGGGGGCGGCCUCCGGAGGCGGCGAGAGCAUGGAGCCGCGGGCCGGCAGCCGGUUGCCGGUGCGGGUGGAACAGGUCGUCAACGGCGCGCUGGUGGUCACCGUGAGCUGUGGCGAGCGCAGCUUCGCCGGGAUCCUGCUGGAUUGCACGAAAAAGUCCGGCCUUUUCGGCCUGUCUCCAUCGACUCUGCUGCCUCUGGCUGACAACCCCUCUGUCAUCAGCUGUCAUGGCCAGGUGCCUAAGGAGGGAACUGGAGAAGUGAUGCAGCUGGGAACAGGACCUCUGCCUCCUCACCACACAGACCAGCCCCCAGAAAAGGAUCAGCCUCCCAAGACAGCUGGGUCGGAGCUGCCCCCACCUCUCAUUCCACCUCUGCCUGCUGGGAACCUUCCUCCCUUUCCACCAUACUUUGAGGGUGCCCCUUUCCCCCACCCACUAUGGCUGAGGAACACCUACCAGCAGUGGGUGCCGCAGCCCCCACCCAGGACCAUCAAGCGGACCCGGCGGCGACUGUCCCGCAACCGGGACCCUGGCAGACUCAUUCUUAGCACGAUCCGCCUGCGGCCACGCCAGGUACUGUGUGAGAAAUGCAAGAGUACUGUGAGUCCUCAGGAGGCCAGUCCUGGCCCCCUGACCACCCCCAGACCCCGCCGGAGGCUAGGCAGUGGCCCUGACAGUGAGCACCGUAAGCCAGAAGAACCAGAGGACAGUGACUCCGUAUCUGCGGCCACCUCAAGGAGGAGCAAGAGGGAGAAGCGGGAAGAGGACAGGGUUCCUGGAGAACGUGUUCCACGGAGCCCAGUCAUCAAGAUCUCCUACAGCACGCCACAGGGCAAGGGUGAGGUGGUCAAGAUCCCAUCCAGAGUGCACGGCUCUGUGGAGCCCUUCUGUCCCCAACAGCCUCUACAGAACGGCAGCCAGGACUUAGAGGUAGCGAGGGAUGUGGAGCCCAGGGGUGGUGGUGACCGACCACCCAGCGGGCAUUCUAUUCCCAAGCUGAAGCUGACUCGGCCAUUGCCUCCCAUCUCAGACCUGCCGCCUCCCAAAAUCCGCCUGAAGCCCCACCGGCUGAGGGAUGGGGAGCAUGAGCCUCUGUACAAGGCUGAGCUGGUUGAGGAGCUGAAUGGAUGCCCCCGAGGCCCCCUGGCCAACUCUCCUGCUCUCUUUGCUGAUGGCUCUACCCAUGGGCUGGAGGAUUUGUCUUCUGGAAGUUCUGGUGAGGACGAUGACCUCAAGGGGUUUACUCACGGUAAACAUGGACGUGGUAGCUUGGCUUUCCUUGUCGACUGCCCGGGGAGGAGAGCAGAUUGUACCAGUGAAUCUGUGUGCAGCACCGACAGCCUGGAUGAACUGAAAUCAUCUGGUUCAGAAGUGACAUCUCCAGACACAGGAGACCUGUCAUCUGGUGACGGCGCCUCUGUGCCUUCCUCUUCUGCUGACACUCGCCAGACAGUCCCUCCCCUCACGGUCAGGCUGCACACGCAGAGCGUCUCACAAUGUGUGACCGAAGAUGGAAGGACGGUGGCUGUAGGGGACAUUGUGUGGGGUAAGAUUCAUGGUUUUCCUUGGUGGCCAGCGCGUGUCCUUGACAUCAGCCUUGGCCAGAAGGAGGAUGGAGAGCCCUCUUGGCAAGAAGCGAAAGUCUCAUGGUUUGGGUCUCCAACUACAUCAUUCUUGUCUAUUUCAAAACUGUCCCCUUUCUCUGAAUUUUUCAAACUGAGAUUUAACCGUAAGAAGAAGGGGAUGUAUCGGAGAGCUAUAACUGAGGCUGCUAACGCCACACAACAUGUGGCCCCAGAAAUAAGGGAGCUCUUGACCCAGUUUGAAAUGUAACUUUGGUUCCGGGAGCAGGUCACCGACACUGAGGGUGGAGCUGCUGUCCUGGAACUUCUGUCCGAGGGGCCCCUGUGCCUCUGGCUGGCUGUGUGCAGAAACAUGCUGGGCACAGUGGUUGGCCUGACUCCGGGUCCCCAGAGGAGCAGGUGUGCAUGGGGAGGAGCCAAGCUCAGGGCACCUGGCUCCUCUCGGCUGAAUGUAUCUGUUCCCUUUGAUUCAGGCUUCGGCAUUCCUAGCUGAGAAGUGUCCUGGAGCUUGGUGACAUGUUUGCUGCUUUGUGUGUGAGCAGCUGCCAGGCUUGGGCACCCUCAAACAGAAGCAGGGCCUUCUGCCCAGCCUGUGAGACUUCUGCGUGGGUACAGGGCACCCUCCUGGGCCUGGCCUCGGCUAUUCAGCUGGAGCCGCUUUGCAGGCUUGAGGAAACCAAAUCGCACGUCUGAGGUUCUUCUCCAGCCCUGGGGUAUAGGGUCUCUGUGCUCUUGAGCCAGGAAUCUAGUUGGGUCUCCUCCACAUUCCUCUCAAAGCAUGGGCCCCUGGGCUCCCAGCCCUGGCCGGCAAGGCCGCCUAGAUCUGAGAUGCUGCUAUGUCACCUACUGUGAGGGGGAGAGAAAGGGGAAGGGCAGAACUGAAAACAGGCCUCAGGUUAGGACAUACCAGCUCUGCCCUGUGAGGCCACAUUCCUUUCUCCUCUGUCACUUUCCAGACCAAAAAGAAAACAGAAAGAAAAGAAAACUGUCUCUGCCCCUUUGUUUAAGCGUGAAGAGGAAUAAACAGGAGUCUGGGUUGA